AUGAAACUGUAUUGGGAGGCAGAGAAGUUUAUAGUGAACAAUCCUCGGCAGGGGUCGCUUAAUACGCGAAUAUUUGAGGCCGCCAGGGCAAAGAAGGUGACAUCUGAUCCAAGGCAUCUGUAUGCCCUUGUGAUAUCCACACUGCAGUACAAGCCUUUCAUAAUGGAGAUUUUGAAGAAGUCAAAAAUGUUAAAAGUGGAAACAAAAGUUAAAAUCAGCGAAACAAUGGGCAUGUUACUUGUGCAUGAUCUUCUGUUUUCAAAAUCAGGGAGAAUUCAGUCUGGAAAACAUCCUAUCAAAGAUGCAGUGUUAAGGCAUAAGACCAGACUUCAAGCUGAACUCACGAAACUGAAGCUGAAACACAAGGUACGGGACCUUUCCGAGUUGAUAGAGGAGGAUGAUACACCUGUGAGGUGGUUUAGAGCGAAUUUAUGCAAGACCACUAGGGAGAAAAUUCUCAAGGAAUUUGGUCAUUUGGACCAGGUAUCUUCGUUUGAGGAACUCGAGGUGGGCAAAAUCUACCACGACGAGUACAUUCCCAACCUGUUUGGAGUCCACCCGAAAGAAAAGAUUGUUUCUUCAGAUGCUUACUUAAACGGAAGAAUCAUCAUCCAGGAUCGCGCAUCGUGUUUUCCAGCGCACAUUUUGCAUCCUUCCCCCGGUGAUAAGGUGAUCGAUGCCUGUGCUGCUCCAGGCAAUAAGACCACUCACCUGGCUUCAUACUUGAACAACAUUCAGGGCUCUAUAACAGCUUUUGAAAAAAACGAAAGCAGGUCCAAAACAUUGAAGAUGAUGUCUGAAAAGGCCGGGGCCUUGGGAUGUAUCACUGUCAAUGUAGGUGAUUUCACAGCAUCCAAUCCAGAAGACUUUCCAGACGUGACCGGAUUCGUAGUUGAUCCUUCGUGUUCUGGAAGUGGCAUUUUUGGAAGAGCUUUUGACGAGGACUCUAAGACUGAUGACGCUGUUGACGAAGAAAGAUUGGCGAAACUUUCUGGGUUCCAAUUUACUAUUGUGAGACAUGCAAUGAGUUUCCCCAGUGCGAAGAGGCUAGUAUAUUCUACCUGCUCUAUCCACGCUCAAGAGAAUGAAAGAGUUGUUGUGGAUCUUUUGAAUGACCCACAAGUAAAGAGCAGAGGCUGGAGACUUUGUUCUAGACAGAAGAUAAUUCCUGACUGGAAACGCCGUGGGUUUGUAGAGGAGUUCAGCUCGUUCGAAGAUCCAGAGGCCAUGGCCGGAGGGUGUGUCAGGAGUCUUCCUAAGGUAGAUGGUGGAAUUGGAUUUUUUGCUGCAGCCUUUGAGAGAACUGAUGAAAGCAUUUCCCAGGUGUCGGUGCCUUUAGAAGGCUCGGAAGUAUCCAAAGAAGAUGAAGUAUCUGAAGAGUGGACCGGCUUUUCAGAUUAA